CAUUAAAACACAAAUAUGGCCAAGUCUAUGAGAAAAAAGGCAGGAAAAAAAUCAGCGCCUUCUACAAAAAUUGACGAAACAGAUGAAAUGAAACUAAAACUCCUCGCAGAUUUAAAUAACAUGGAGCUCCAAGAUAUUGCUAUUUAUCCUCCAGAACUUAAUACACAAUUAAUUGAACAACUUCAGACUUUGACCGCCGAAAAUGGUAGCCUUCGUAAGUGUUUAUUUACAAAAGACAGUGAAAUAAAAGAGCUUGAGACAACGAUAGACGAACUGAAAGAGAGAAUACGCGAUAUUAUUUCUAGCACAGGACCAGCUAUUUCACUAAAGUCUGCUGGAAUUAUUAGUGACAAAAUUUCAGCGCUCUGUAAACAAAAUCGUCAUCUUGUUGCUGAAGUUGAAAGUUAUAAAACGAAAGUAUCCAAACUUGAACGAAAAUUAAAUGAAAUUGAAAUGAAAACUAAGGAACCCGAAAAACCAGAACAUUGUCAAUGUAAAACUGAACCAAUUGAUAACGACCCAGAUGAGGUUAAGGAAUUAAAUAAUAAAUUAAAUGCUGUGAAUAAAAAGCUGUACGAAAGUAAAAAUAAAAAUCUUGAAUUAAAAAAUGAUAUUUUGGUAGCUACUAAAAUACUCCAACAGGAAAUAGGAGACAAAUUCAUCAAUAUAAAAGAUCUACAAAACGAUCUAGCAGGCUGGAAAGGUAGAGCCCAACAGAUAGUAUUAUUGCAAGCAAAAAUUCAGGAACUUGAAGAAAAGCUUAAUGGAAAUCAGAAGGAUAACAUUGAAGUAAAAGGGAAGGAUCACAUACAGCCUUAUAUUUUUCAGAAAAUUCGAGAGUAUGAAUUGAAGAGGAAAAAUGAAGUUGAUCUAGCAAUGAGAGAAUUAGAUAGAGUAAAACAAGAAAAUUUCGAGUUGAAAAGAAAAUUGGAUGGCUCACGAUGUCGUAUUCGAAAUCUCGAGUGUGAUAUAGGCAUGUUCAGACAAAAGAUACAAACAUUUACAGAGAAAAGUCAACAUGAUGACUUACUGGUUAGCGAACAAAGGAACCAAAUCAAGAAUUUGGAGUUACAUUACGAGGAAUUAUUAAAAGAAAAUACAAAUAAAAUGUAUAAAUUAAAAUCGGAAGUAAAAGAAUUUCAAAUUAUGAUUUCAAACAAUGAUUCAAAAGUUAAAGCACUUAGCGAACAAUUAAGUGAAAAAACACGGAAAAUACAGGAUAUUCAAGAACAGCUUGAAAAAUAUAAAAAAUGUUCCUUACAAGCUGUGUUUUUUACUCCAAUGAAACUAGCGACUGAAAAUGAAAUCGCGAAACUGUCCGAACUUGUGGUUUCAUUAAAUAAAAGACUAGAUAUAGAGCGCCACCAUUGGGAAGACUUAGAUAAAAGGUAUAGAGAAGUGAAGGAGAAAAAAAUUCGGGCGGAAAAAAAGAUUGUGAAUUUGGAGAAUGAAUUGGGUGUUCUUAAAAAUUCCAAAAAAAGUCUGAAAAUAACACGAUCCAUAUCUUCCAAGGACACCAACGGAGAAGGCAGUGAAGGUCACAUGUUAAAGAAAGUCUCUGUAGCAAGCUAUUCAUUAGAAAAGCAUGAAAAUUGUAAUUGUAAUUUAUUAAUUGAUGAACUGAAAUGUAAACUAGAAUUGUCACAAGAAAAAAUUAAAAUCAUGGAGGAUAAGUUGAAAAUGACUGUCGAGGAAAAAUCGGAGGAUUAUCAAGCACUAAUAAACAUGAUACAAACUUCUAAACAAUACUUCAAUGAAGCUUUAGUCGCUCUUAAAGAAGAUAAGUGUCCCUGUCCUCUAUAAUUUUUAUUACUUU